AUGCACCAAAUCCACUAUAGGAACGUCCUGUCACCAAAAUUCGCGCACGAACUCACCAAGCAACAGAGAAGGGAUGCGCUGAGAUAUUUGAUGUUCCUGAAGGAGAAGCGAUGCGGGAAAAUAAAAGCUAGAGGUUGCGCUGAUGGAAGGAGCCAGCGACUGUACACGCCAAAGGAAGAUGCUUCAGCCCCUACAGUGAGAACCGAAUCAUUCAUCAUCACAUGCGCCAUUGAUGCCAAAGAAGGGCGAAAGGUGAUGACAAUUGACAUUCCCGGAGCCUUUAUGCAGGCAGACAUCGACGACGUUGUCCAUGUGAAGUUUGAAGGCGAGAUAGCCAACCUGCUAACCAAGGUUGAUCCGAGCUUGUAUACAAAAUACGUGGCGUAUGAAGGAAAGAAGCCAGUGAUCUACGCUCAGCUGAACAAGAACUUGUAUGGGACCUUAAAAGGAGCCAUUCAAUGGUGGAAAAAUCUUUCCGAGUUCCUCAUUAAUGAAUUGGGAUACGAAGCGAACCCAUACGACAGCUGCGUGGUCAAUAAGACAAUCAACGGUAAACAGUGUACCAUUAUCUGGCAUGUUGAUGAUUUGAAAAUCUCACAUGUCGAGCAAGGGGUACUUGAUGAUUUGGCCGACAAGCUAAGCGAACGGUAUGGCAAGGAAGCGCCCCUCACUAUCCAAAGAGGAGAAGUGCAUGAAUAUGUUGGAGUUACAAUUGAUUUCAGCGAGAAAGGGAAGGUGAAGUUUUCGAUGGACGACUAUGUGGAUCGUCUACUGGAAGAGGCACCAGAGGAUAUGAAGGGGGUAGCAACAUCACCGGCCGCGAAUCCGAAAAUGUUGGAACAACGCCUUGGAUGCCGAUCGGUAGCACCAGUCAAGUGA